CGUUGCCCUGGUGACGGAGCGGAUUAAGUCAGUAAAAGCCUGAGAGAAAUAAGCCAGAAACUCGACGGUUGUUUAUAUUAGGAAAUUACUUAAGUAUCGGAAAAUUGAGUGAAAGAAGGUUACCGAAGAACUAUGGCAACCUCCCAAUCAACAGUUUUGGAGGAAGACGCAACUCAGUUUCUUGAUCAUUGCAUCUCUCUGCUAGGCACUUAUGAUGCAAAUUCCAAAGACAUAGAAGCUCAUAUAUAUGAAUAUUUACAACAAGUCAAGAUAGAAGACACAACUUACAUCCGUAUUUUUAAGGAGUGUAUGUGUGGCUGUAUUCGAUACUGGAAUAUGAUAAAUCUUAUCUUGGAAAGCCUCUUCACCCUCAGCAUUGAAUUAAGCCAAAUAGAAGAAAAUAUUUUCAUAAUUCUCACCUAUAUCUACAUCUUCAAACUGAAGCAAUUUACCCUGACCUUUUUUCUGGAAAUAUUGGACAGUUUAGAUCCAAUCCAUGUCAGCAAGUAUCUGGAAUUUUUAACCAGCAGGGACCAAAUCAUCAUUCAAAUAACUAAAGUCUGCCGACCAUUUUAUGAUGAUAAAUUUCUCAAAAACAAAGUCAUGAAGCCACUUCUUGACAACUUACCACUGCUCUCUGAUUAUAACAACAUGAUUCAAAUGAAAUUACAGAGCAGCUUACCUCAGAAACCUAGAAAAGAAAUCACUAACACAGUUAUUAAACCAUUCAACCUUACCAAACCGGCUUUCAGAAAAGUUCCGCUUCCGCAGCCUAUACCAAAAUUAGGAAAAGCAAAGCCAGUACCAAAAACACUAUAUGAGGAACCAAGUGAAUUCAAAACCCUCUAUAGCCUCAAGAAGAACAAUAAAGCGCUUGCAGAGGAGCAUCUGAAGGAAUUGGCUAACCUUGAACUGAAUUGUGCUGAUCCAACUCUGAAGGAAAAAACUUACCUGAAACUGAGAGAAAUAGAAAACGAGAGAAAUAAACUGUUACAAUUCAACAAAAAGAAGUGCAUCAGUUUGCCAAAAUUUGAGACUCCAACACCUAUUAAGAUGACAAAAGCAGCUGUCCUCAGAGAAGGAAAAGUUCAUUUAAAGGAAGAAGAAGCAGAACUAAAAUGGCUUGAGGAACUGGAAAAAGGAGGAAAAGAAGACAGGCAGUUUGUGAAAUGGCAGAACACAAUGAAAGAACAAGAUAUGAAACAGUCAAUGUUAGAAUUGGAGAAGCUACGAUUAAAAUCGAAAAUCAUUCGAGAGGAUGCCAUUCUAGCAAAAGAGAAACUACAGGAAGAGAAUCGACGCACAGUGCUGCAAUUGAAACAAGAAACAGAGGAGAUGCUACAAGACUAUCUUCAGCAACAGCUUGAAGAAGAACAACAAUCAAAGAAGGUCGUUCAAGAGGUUGCAGAAAGUCAAAAAACGGUAAAAGAUGCCAAGAAAAAAGUGCAUGAACAGAAGAAGAAAAUAGUGCAGGAUGUGCAGCGAGGCAAACAAGAGCUGAAUGCAGCUGCCCUGGAGAAUGCUACAAUAGAGAUGGAGAAGAGACUUGAGAUCAUCGAUCGCAUCCGUGUGUUGACGGCCACACAACAGUAUCACAACACCAAGCUGUUUGACACCACAGAGACUUCCGGAUUAGGGUUACUCAGUGAAAUGUCCCUGGCUGAGCUACAAGAGAGAUUGGCAGUUAUGAAAAGGUGGGAGCAAGAGGACCAAGAAAAGAAACGCUAUGAAAUUUUAUUGUCUAAACAGGCAUCACAAGAAUUAGUUUCAGACACAUUAGAUGUUAUACUGAAGCAUCGUAAUGAAAAAUCCCAAAUGACAUCUCUGAGGCGCCAGAAGCAAAAAGAGGCAAUCAAAGAAGACUCUCAUUCUAAAAUAUUUGAUGAUGAAAUAAAUGUUCUUCAGAGGCUGUUAGAGGAGAAACGGUCUCGAAGACUAAAGUGCAUGCAGCCAUCUUCAAAACAAAACAGCAGAAAGAGCUCACCUCACAAACAGACUGGAAAAUAUAUGGAACAGGAAGACUCAUGCAAAGAGAAAGUAAUCAAAGAUAUCCAUGUGACAUUUUACCCCACUGCUAGAGAACAGUCUCGUUAACAAAGAAUAUUAUGGAUAAUUAGAAAAAUAAAUCUAUUCUGUUGGGUUUAA